AUGUCCUUGUCUUCAUCGUCCACAAUUAGCAUCAUCAAUGUUAGCCAAGGCCUAUCGGGCCUAAUGGCCGACGUAAGCCGUGCUUUCUUCAUUUGUUACCAAGAAUAUACUGCAACAGGCACACCACUAGACGAAGAAACUACCACUGGAGUGGAGCUUGAAGAAGGGUCACUCACUCCCUUGAAUGAUUCCCUUUCCAUCCCGGCUAUAUUUCAGGAUCCACAGUAUUGGAGGGUUGAAACUUGUGGUAUUCGAGUGGGUGAUAUGUUCUUCUUUCAUGGCUUAACGACUGAUGAAGUGAUAAUCAAGCCGAAACCAGGGUACAUCAGCAAGCACUUCUUUUCUGGCGUUCUCGAUCAGAAUCGCAGCUCCGCGGUUUUCCUUAUUGCCAAUCUCCAGCCAUAUAUCCCUGCGGCAACAAGUACAGGAUAUCAUCCUCACAAUUUGCCCGUAGAGGAGCAACAUCAAUUGAUGUGGAUGCCUCGAUACCCUAGUUACGCACCCUCGUGGUACUUAGUUAGAUAG